AUGACGAAGGCCCCGCAACCGCGCGAGGGGGACGAACUUCCCAACGAAAACCUCGUUGAAAUCCAGUCCCUCCCCGAUCGCGAGCAAGAUGAAAGCAAAUCCGACCUGGAGCGCCGCAUCCGCCUCAAAGUCGACCUGCGCCUCUGCACCAUCGCCGGCAUCCUCUGCAGCCUCAACCUCCUGGACAGCGGCGUCAUCUCCUCCGCCGCCGUGACCUCGAUGCCGCGCGACCUCGGCCUGGACCAAGGGAACCGCUUCUCGGUCUCCAUAUUCAUCUUCACCAUUGCAUCCAUCGCCUUCCAACUGCCCUCGACGAUUGCGGUGCGCACGUUCGGCCCCCGGAUCUGGUUUUCCCUCAUCACGGUUGCGUUUGGCCUCAUCACGCUGGGCACGGCAUUCGUGACGACGUGGUCGCAGAUGAUUGCCCUGCGCGUGCUGCUGGGCAUGGCGUGCUCGGGCGUCUUCCCGGGACUCACGUACGUGAUUUCGACGUGGUACACGCGAAAGGAGCAACAGCUUCGGUUCGCGCUAAUGCAGAGCGGGGAAGUCAUCGUCCUUGCUACGGGGGGAAUCGUGAAUUUCGGCCUGAAUCGGCUCGAUGGACGAGGAGGGUUGAAAGGGUGGCAGUGGAUGUUCAUCGUGCAAGGAGCGAUUACUGCGUUCUUCGGGAUCCUGACCUACUGGUGGAUGCCCUCCUUCCCCGAAGACGCACAUACCUCGUCCUUCCUCUUCCUCACGCCCGAAGAAAGCAAAAUCGCCGCCGACAGGAUCCAACGGGACAGAGGCGACGUGCAAGCGGACCCCUUCUCCUGGCCCAAGGUCCUGCAGCACGCGGCCGACCUCAAAAUCUACGGCUUCUGCAUCAUGUAUUUCCUGCAAAACCUCGUCUCGACCACCCUCUCCUACUUCCUGCCCAUCAUCCUGCAGGGCGGCAUGCGGUAUAGUGCCGACAAGGCGAUUCUGCUGUCCGCGCCGCCGUACUACUACGCCGUGCUUCCGGCGAUCCUGUCGAGUCUGGUGGGGGACCGGUUCCAGUUGAGAGGGCCCAUCAUCACGCUGAAUUGUCUGUGUCUGAUCGCCGGGUUCGGCAUGCUGGGGUUUGCGGAGCAGGUGGCGGUGCGGUAUGUAGGCACGUUUCUCGCGACGGGGGCGUAUGUCGCGAAUUGGGCUGCUUUGGCGACGUACCAAGCCAACAAUGUCGUCGGUCAGUGGAAACGCGUCUUCACCGCUGCGGCAGUCACGGCGUUCAACGGCGCGGGCGGGAUCGCGGGGAGUUUUAUCGUCAGGAGGAACGAGGCGCCGAGGUAUGCGACGGCCGUUUGGGUGUCGAUUGGCAAUGCCCUCUACGACUAUGUGCCGCAGAGCGAGAACGAGAUUGCCCUCGCAGAGGGCGAUCUGCUGAUGGUGUUGGAGAAGAGCACGGAUGAUGACUGGUGGAGGGCGAAGAAGAAGAUUGCCGAUUCCGACGAGGAGGAGCCCGAGGGGCUGAUUCCGAAUAAUUAUGUGGAAGAGGCUACCCCGAUUUCCAAGGCGAAAGCGCUCUACGAUUAUACCCGCCAGACCGAUGAAGAGCUGUCCUUCCAGGAGGACGCUAUCCUCGAUGUCUACGAUACGUCAGAUCCCGAUUGGACUUUGGUGGGGGUGGACGGAGACUUUGGCUUUGCGCCGUCCAACUACAUAGACUUCAAGCAGGACGCUGCUCCCGUCUCGUCACCGGCAUUACCUCCGCGUCCCGCUGCUGCUCCUGCGCCUGCACAGGAUUCAGACGAUGAGCCGCAACCGCCGACGCCCGAGAGCCCUGUCCACCAGAGCCCCGCGGCUGCGCUUGCAGGUAUCAUCCAGCAAAAGGCCGAGCAGCAAUCAGCUCCUCGAGCGACCGUUUCGCCGCCGCCUACCAUGCCUGCACCUCAAAAACGGGUGCAAUUCACGCCGGAAGAAUCAGAUCAAGAAGAGGCGCCUCCACCCCGGCUUCCAGCGAGACCGCAGUCUCAGCAGAUUUCUCCGCCGCCUACACAGUACCCUUCUCCCCGUUCACCCGAGUCCCCUCCUGCGAGAUCCCCGCCCCCUCGAAGCGUAACUUUUGACGCCUAUGUUCCACCUGAAGGGCGGGAACAGCCGCAGACCCCGCUCUCGGCUUCUGGCUAUCAUCUUUAUAAUAUCUACGAGUACAUCACACAGCCAGGGAAGAAUAAGAAGAUGCCUGUGACGCUUGGUAUCAAUAUUCCCAAAGGGAUCAUCAUGCUCGCACCGGAGAAGGCGCGGGAUGGACAGCAGCAGGAAUGGACGGCCGACAAGAUGGAGUACUAUUCCCAGGAGGGCAAGCAUGUUUUCCUCGAGCUCAAGAGGCCGAGCAAGAGCGUGGAUUUGCACUGUGGAGCGAAGGAUACUGCGUCUGAAAUCGUUUCUUUCUUGGGCGAGCUCUCGGGAGCUGCAAAAGCGUCGGGAUUGCGCGAAGUCCUUGCUGCUGGGUCCGGACACUCGAAUGUUCAGAAAAAGGGACAUAUGCUUUUUGACUUCAUGGCACAGGGCGAUGAUGAAGUGACCGUGGCUGUCGGGGACGAGGUAUUAAUCAUAGACGACUCAGCGAGCGACGAGUGGUGGAAGGUCCGACGACUGAAGAACGGCAAGGAAGGCGUCGUACCCUCCAACUACGUCGAAAUCACCGACAUCGCCGUAUCCAACCCCGCAGGAACCUCGGACCGUUCCGGCAUCAACGCCGGGCGCUCUGUGGUUGAGCAGAAUCGCCUGGAGGAGGAGGAGCUGGCUCGUCGGGCGGCAAGGUCGAGCCGGCAAGAGGGUGAUGGUAGAGCUGAUCAGGAGGCGAGGUCGUCAUCAAAACCGAGUGCGUACUCUUUUCCUCCUGAUAUCCUAGGAUAUCCACUAACUGGUGAUGCAGACCCCGCCAAAGUCCGCACCUGGACCGAUCGAACUGGAUCUUUCAAGGUCGAAGCCGAAUUUUUGACCAUCAAGGAUGGCAAGAUACAUCUACACAAGGUUAACGGUGUGAAGAUCGCCGUUCCCGUCCCGAAGAUGUCCGUAGAGGAUCUCGAAUACGUUGAACGCGUCACGGGAGUCUCUCUAGAUGACGAUAAGCCAUUGUCCGAUAUCAAGCGUAGGAGCAUGUUACGAACCAAGGAGCAAGCUGCACGCGGUGCGGGUAUCACGGUCGAACACAAGCCUUCGUAUGACUGGUUCGACUUCUUCCUACAGUGUGGUGUCAAUCCCCAGAUUUGCGAACGAUAUGCACAGGCUUUCAAUAGGGAUCAGAUGGGCGAAGAGAACCUGCCGGAUAUUACCGACAGGCUUCUGCGGACGCUGGGAUUGAAGGAGGGGGAUAUAUUGCGAGUGAUGAAAUUUCUGGACAACAAGUUUGGUCGUACUGGCGAGCGGGACAAGCGGAAUGUGAGCUUUGCGGAGAACGGGGAAGAAGGUAGCGGUGGCGGCCUGUUCUCUGGCCCAGGAGGCGUGUUAAGAAACAACACACGUAAGGGACGACCGGCACCUCCUGUCCAGACAAACGACGUCGUCGAUCCGAAGGCGUUCGAGCAGAAGUCGGAUGAGGCGCCAAAGAAACCUGCGGACUCCACCGCAACGCCCCUGGCAUCCGCACCGGUGCCGGACAAGAAGGUGGAUGGCUUCGAAGAUAAUGCCUGGGAGGUCAAGCCUUCGAGACAGCCCUCUACGACCGCUCCUCCUCCAGCUGCAUCACCGCCGCCAGCUUCAACGCAGCCGCCAGCAGCUGCAUCGGCUGCCACUACGUCGGCGCCUGCGCCGGCUUCUUCUGUGCCAGCUCUGACUGGGUCAUUGGAGCCACCUACAGCGCAACCGCAGCCUCCAGCACAAGCACAGCAACCGGAGCAGAGCCAACCUGCUGGUGCUAACUACAAGCUUUUCGAACAAGUGGCCGCAAUACAGCCCCUCCCACCACAGCAGUUGGCGCCGCCACGGGUGAGGCCACAAGCUCCACAGCAACAGAAUGCUGGCGGCCUCAUUGCUCCUCCUCCGCAAAGAGCAGCGUCAGCGCCUCAGAAUCCUCAAGCUGCCUUCGGUCCCCCUCCACCUUUGCAGCCCCAGCUCACCGGAUACAAUGGCGCUCCCCACAUGCAAACACAAGUAUCACCACCUGGUGCCAGCUUGCAAGAUCUGAAUAUGCAACGCUUGCAGCAGCAAAUGACCGGCUUCCCGCAGCAAAAUCCCGCCUUCCAACCGCAACCCACUGGUUUUCAGCCUCAGCAGAACGGGUUGAUGCCCCAACCAACAGGUUUCCAGACAAUGCCCGCGCCCAUGCAACCCCUACCCACAGGAUACGCGCCUCCAUUGAUGCCUCAGCCCACAGGCUUCCAAGCACCCAUGCAAACGGGUUUCCCAGCAGGAAUUCAACAACCCGGCUUCCAGGCCACCGCCUCCCCCUUCAACGACCCUCCUCGGCCGCCCUUCCAGCCGCUACAACCCCAACCCACGGGCUUUACCUCUUUCCCGGCGCAACCGCUUAACCCGCAAGCCACGGGUAUCAACCGCUUCCUCCCCCCAGCCAUCCAACCGACCGUCACGGGUAUGGGCAUUGGAGCUACGACAACGAGUCCCCCGCCCGUUCCCCCGAUACCUCCCAUGCCGCAGGCGCAACCCCUCGUCCCGCAGAAGACGGGCCCGCCGCCGCCAGUGCGGUUCGGAGUGCAGCCGGCGGCGAAGAAGCUGGUGCCGCAGCCGACGGGGAGGGCGAAUCUGGCCAAAGCGACUCCGCAGAAUCCGUUUGGGUUUGAAUGA